UACUAGGCAAACAACCAUUUUUACAUUUCAGAGUUAAAAAAGAAAAGAGAAAAAAGAAAAAGAUGGUGUUAAUUGAAAAGCUUUGGGAUGAUGUUAUGGCUGGACCUCAACCUGAUAAAGGCCUUGGCAAACUUAGAAAGUCAAUUACUCUAAUCCAAACUCAUGGCGGGGAAGGAGGAGAAGGAGCAAGCAAGAGCUACCAAAGGUCUCUGUCUAUGCCGGGCUCGGGCUUGUCGAGCCCGGGGACACCGGGAACCCCAGUGACCCCAAACACUUACUCGCCAACGGCGCGUAAAGAUAAUGUGUGGAGGAGCGUGUUCAAUCCGGGGAGCAACAUUGCCACCAAGAGAAUUGGUGCUGAAGUCUUUGACAAACCGUCUCACCCCAAUGCUCCCACUGUUUAUGAUUGGCUCUACAGUGGGGAUACCCGAUCCAAGCAUCAGUGAAAUGAAAGAAUAAAAGAUUUUGGAUCGUGACAGAGCGGUAUCUGAAUAAUGUUACAUGUAAAUAACGUAUUUUCCCUUUUAAUGUACGAGUUGCUAUGCUACAGAAACAUGGAGAUUAAUUAGUGGAUGUUAGUCCUAUGUUUUCUGUUAAUGCAUUAUUAUAAGUAUUAAUUAACUAGUACUAAAGUAUGUGUAAUUAGGUUUUGAUGAAAGCUAACUUGAGUAUAUUCAGUGGCUUUCUAGCUACUGCUACUACUAUUAUAUCCAUUAGUAGUA